CCCCUUUAUUUCCUAUCCCUCUUCUCUUCUUCUCUUCCAUAUAAAUACAGUCGGACGAUAUUGGAGAACCUUGUCUCUUCAUAUGACGCCGUACAUGAUACAUUCAUCCCAAGAUUAUUUAUUUACGCUAAUCUUAUAAUUUUUUUUCUUCUUUUACUUUUUUUUUAAAAACUUUUUAUUUAAUUUAUUUAUUUAUAUAUAACAUGGCUAUAUAAAAUUCCCCUGUUACCUUUUCCCUCUCCUCUCUUUUGGCACCCUAGAACCUUCUUUUUUAACUUGCCCCUCCCUUCUCCUCUCUCCAUCCAUCCUCGCCCUAAAUUAUUAUUUUUUAUUUUACAUAUUUCCCUGUUUAAUUUCCAUGGCUUCACCAUCUCAAGCCAGUCUUCUGUUACAGAAGCAGCUCAGGGAUCUAUGUAAGCAUCCCGUGGAUGGAUUUUCAGCUGGUUUGGUUGACGAGAAUAACUUAUUUGAAUGGAGUGUCACAAUUAUUGGCCCGCCCGAUACUUUAUAUGAAGGAGGAUUUUUUAAUGCUAUCAUGAGCUUUCCUCAGAAUUAUCCUAUCAGUCCUCCAACAGUGCGGUUUACUUCCGAAAUCUGGCAUCCCAAUGUUUAUGCUGACGGGAAGGUCUGCAUUUCAAUACUUCAUCCUCCUGGUGAUGAUCCGAAUGGAUAUGAACUUGCCAGUGAGCGUUGGACACCUGUCCAUACGGUGGAGAGUAUAGUACUGAGCAUCAUAUCAAUGCUUUCAAGUCCUAAUGACGAGUCUCCUGCCAAUGUUGAAGCAGCUGUAAGUCUCAACACGCUUUGAUGAGAUCAUCUCUAGUUUUCAGUCGUUUCCUUAUUCCUCAUAUUUUGUUUGCUGGUUUUUCUGUAUGUCCCCACUUUCUGUUCUGCUUAUCGUGUUCAAUUAUAAAUUUUAGUGGUAACUUAUGGCGAAGAUUCUGUGAAGGCCGAUCAUUUCGGUGCAGCCUUUAUGAAUACUUCCCUGUAAUGCAUGUAGUAAAAAGUUCCAUCCCCGCCACUUAGUUUGGUUGGCUUAUGAUUGGGAUAAUGUUGAAUUCCUCCAGUUGUAUCCCUGGGAGUUUCUAGAUUGUUAUUAUUAUGACUGUAUACGCAUGAGUUCUCAAUCAAAAUUUUUGGCCAAGGGAAUACUCUUGUUUGUUUUGUUCGGUAGAUGAUGUUUUCUGUUUCAAAUGUAGCAAUCUGAUAUGAAAGGAAGUAUAAUGAGUAGAUUUGUGGGAAAAGUGAUGAUUGUUUUCUUAGAUGCAAAACUGUAGUUAGGGUUCCACAAAUCUUUGUGGUUGUUUCUGGUUGUGUCGCUUUGUGAAAGAUGAAUUGGAUGCGAUGGUUAUUGUUUUCGACAAGAUUUACCUCCAGGCGUUUCAGUUAAAUUUUCUAGUUAAUCAUCUGCAUUGGUUGCAAUAUAUAUGCCAUAUGAAAAGAUGCAUCUAUAAAUGCUGUUGUUUUGUGGAGACUAAAUGCCAUGACGUUUUACGUGAAUCUCAAUUGCAGAAGGAAUGGAGAGAAAAUAGGGAGGGUUUCAAGAAAAAGGUUAGCCGGUGCGUAAGAAGAUCACAAGAAAUGAUGUGAACUUGUACAAAUGGUGCAGCAGUCCGAUCCAGCUAUUUUUCUGAGGGAAAAAGAUAUUUCACUGAGAAAAGUGGAUCGAAUCAGGCUUGUAUUUGUAGAAUUUCUAAGAAGUUCAGUAUUUUUUGUUUUGCUGUAUUUGGGAUAAGUUCUUUUGUUCUUCUUCGUAUUUGUAAACUCAAAUUUCGUUCUCAAUCAGUUGAUUUGUUUCUCCUUGAACAAAAUCUAACUCGGAAUGAUUCCCAGCCCUUUAAUAUUGUUUUGUACGUUCCUGAAAUUGUUAAUUGAAAAAACCAAUUGAAGCAAUCACAUUGUUGGAAGAUUGAUGCC